AUGGAGCUAUGCAAGGGGCAUGAAAAUGUUAAUAAGUCAUGGUUUAUCUCUCACUCACGGACAUUGGCGGACAGCUUUGCGAGGGCCGGAUAUCUGACCGUUGCCCCGGACAUGUUCAACGGCACACCAGCUCCGAGCGACAUCAACAAUGGCGGCUUCAACACAACGCAGUUCUUGGCUGCGCAUGGCACAAAUGUGACUGAUCCGAUCAUUACCUCGACCAUAGAUUAUAUGCGCAAAACACUAGGAAUUAAGACCAUUGCCGCAACAGGCUACUGUUACGGUGGCCGAUACUCUUUCCGCUUUGUGGCACCUGGUAAAGGGGCUGAUGUCGCUUUUGCCGCGCACCCCAGCCUCCUAGAAAACGGAGAAAUAGAGGCGAUUGCGGGCCCAGCGAGCAUUGCUGCUGCUGGUCAGUGA